UGGAAACAGCGUUGGGUUGGUAUCAUAGGACUGCUUUCAGGGAGGGUCCUCAGCAAACCAGGUUCUCACUUACCUGGGUACCCCCCCGCCCCAAACCUAGGAGGGGAGUUGUUUUGCAGGCACUGCCAGGGGGUUGGUGCUGUGAUCUGGGGAGGCACAGAAGGCAUUCUCUCCUUGCUGUCUCCAGGCUACAGUGAUGCAGAGCCCUCUGGCAGAAAGAUCUCAUGGGCAGGUCAUGAGGAGGCAAUGGAAGCCUCCUCUCUUUCCACUAGGAGAGUCAUUCCAACAUUUAUUUUAUUUUAUUUCUCUCUUUCUAUACAGCCCCAAACUUGCAUCCCUACAGUUAAAAUCAUUUAAAACAUCAAAUCAAUUGACAAUUAAAAACAUUGAAAAUAUCUAAAACCCUGUCUUCAAUAUCUUAAAACUAUCAAUCUAAUUAAAAGCCUGGGUGAAUAAGUGUGUCCUCCUCGGUGCCUUUUGAAAAGUUGCCAGAGAUGGGGAGGCUCUUCUUUCAACCGGGAGUGCAUUCCAAAGCCCCGGGGGCAGCAACCGAGAAGGCCGGUUGCAACGGAGAAGGCCGGUUAGGAACAUAGGAACAUAGGAAGCUGCCAUAUACUGAGUCAGACCUAGCUCAGUAUUGCCUUCACAGACUGGCAGCGGCUUCUCCAAGGUUGCAGGCAGGAAUCUCUCUCAGCCCUUUCUUGGAGAAGCCAGGGAGGGAACUUGGAACCUUCUGCUCUUCCCAGAGCGGCCCCAUUAUCCCCUAUGGGGAAUAUCUUGCAGUGCUCACACAUCACGUCUCCCUUUCAUAUGCAACCAGGGCGGACCCUGCUUAGUUAAGGGGACAAGUCAUGCUUGCUACCACAAGACCAGCUCUCCUCUCCGGUUCCCGAGUAGAACCUCUCCAGAUGAUCUUAACAGGCGGUGGGGCUCAUGGGGAGUGCGGAGAUGGUGCAGAGAGGGUGGGCAUAGGGAGUGCAGGCUCAGAAGGACCGUCCACGGCUAUUCCUAGGAUGCCAGCCCCGGUUGGGAUGGAGGGCUGUAUCAUUCCGGGUGAAGACAGACAUAUAGAUCGGGAUGAAGACGGACAUCACAUAAGAGGAGAUCUCACCAUGUGUCUCUCAGCUUCAGCAUGGACAACACCAGCAGGGAGAGGCAGCACCCUUGAGAUACCUAGCCUCCACCACCAUCUUCCACCACCUCUUUGCUGAAGCAUGUAGCUGAACAGGCUUCCGUUGCGAAACUUCCUAAGAAGGAACUGGCUGAGCAAGCAUCCUUCCACGCCUCUCUCCACUCAAGGGUAUAUAGUGGGCAGAGUUGGAGGCUCCCCACUGAGACUCAGAGGAACCCUGGCAGAGACCCCACGGAGACAGCCGGACCCGCUGGCCACAUCACCGUCCACCCUGCCUCUGGCCAACAUGGAGAUGCUGCUCCUCUCCCUCCUCACCCUUGUCAGCCUCUCGGGGUCCCUUGCUCAGCAAGAUCUCCAAGGGAAGACCUUCAUUUUCCCAGAGGCCUCCAACACGUCCCACGUGGUUCUGAAGAGCAAGCCAGAGGAGCCUCUGACCAACUUCACCGUGUGCCUGAGAUCCUGCACGGACCUGACCCGAGCCUACGGCCUCUUCUCUUACGCCACCAGGAAACACGACAACGCGAUCCUCCUCUUCAAAGACAAACCCAAUGUGUACAGCCUGUACGUGAACAAUCAGAGUGUGACCUUCACCACUGAAGGAAACCAGAGCAUUAAAUCAGCUGGGGAGCACAUCUGUAUGAGCUGGGAGUCGGCCACGGGGUUAGUGGGGUUCUGGUUAGACGGGAAACCUUUCCCCCGGAAGGGGCUGAAGAAAGGGGACUCUAUAGAAACGGAGGCCUCCAUCCUCCUGGGGCAAAAGCAAGAUUCUUUUGGGGGCGGCUUUGAUGUCAACCAAUCCUUUGUGGGGGAAAUGGAAGAUGUGUACAUGUAUGAUCGGGUCCUGUCCCCCGGUGAAAUCAAGGCCCUCUACUACAAGCAUCUUCCUCCCUCAUCCCUGAUUAACUGGAGAUCCCUGAGCUUCGACAUCAAGGGUUAUGUGGUCUUGAAUCUCUCUCUGGCUGCCUGGAGACGUUUGCUAAUCAGUGGCCUAACAGGUAGUCCAGGAUUGGUUUUGAGAAUAUUGUAGCUUUUGAAAUAAUCAUUCUGACCACUGGGGUGGCUUUGUUGAUCUCAUGUCUCCUCUGCUAGCUAGCUGGCCAAUGGGGCAUAUUUAAGCCACCGGGGAUUCUUUUCUUUUUAUCAGGGAGAAAGGCCUCCUUCAAAGCAUCUCUCGGGGGCUGUGUCUGGUGUCUCCCUUCUGUUUCUUUGUAGAUUGUGAACCCUUUGGGGACAGGAGACCAUCCUUGUAUUAUAUUACUCUCUCUAUAUAUACCAAAGGCUUUGAGGAUGUUUUGUUGAAAAGUGGUGAAUACAUCUACAUUGUCUCCUGAGGAUUGCUGUUAAAACGGUACUUGCAAUAAAUGUCUUUGCAAUUUGGAAAAAAA